GGAAUGGGCAUAGAAGGUUGAGCAUGCUCCCUCUCCCUGUGUUUACUGUCAGGCACAAGGUAGCCAGCGUGUUUGUGUCGAGUGUGGGUAAUGGACGAAUUGUUGCCUGAAGGCAGACACCAUAGGAAGCCAGAGAUCUGAUACAACUUUUGAAGGACCAUCAGGAUGUAUUUUGGCUAACGGUAACACUUCUCUAGUUUUAAGCUGUCCAGAGACAAAAAAACUAACAAAAUGGAUUUGAGAGCCAAGCAUGGUUUGAUGCUGUUGGAACAGCUAAAUCGAAUGCGGGAUGCAGAGCAGUUAACAGAUGUGGUUCUAGUCGCUGAAGGUGUUAGCUUCCCAUGUCACCGUGCAGUGCUUUCCGCCUUCAGUCCCUACUUCCGCGUAAUGUUCACCUGUGGCCUGCGAGAGUGCACUAACCGUCAGGUGGUGUUAAGAGACAUGCCGGCCCCAAGCCUGGCCCUAUUGCUGGAAUACAUGUACAGCUCCAAUCUUCCACUCACCACAGCCAAUGUGCAGGGAAUCUCUGUUGCUGCUUUUCUUUUACAGAUGGAUGAUGUUUUCAGUCGUUGUCAUAUCUACAUGAUCGACAACAUGGAUGCUUCCAAUUGCCUGGGCAUCUAUUAUUAUGCCCGUGAUCUAGGGGCGGAAGAGCUAGCCGACCAGGCUCAGCGCUAUCUGCGACAGCACUUCACUGAAGUAUGCCUUGGGGAGGAAGUGCUGGAGUUGGAGGCACACCAGUUAGGGGCAUUAUUGGGCUCGGAUGAUCUCAAUGUUUCACGGGAAGAGAGCAUUUUAGAUGUCGUGAUGCGCUGGGUGAAGUACUGUCCAAUGGGUAUAGGCUCAGAGGAAGAGAACCGGGCCAGGCACCUUCCAGAGCUCUUAAAGAAGGUACGCCUUCCACUGGUGGGUGCAGAUUACUUGAAAGGGACUUUGAAACGGAACACGGCACUUUUAGCAGAUGCCGAAUGUCUUCAGAUAAUGGAAGAUGCAGUUGAAGCAGCAAGCUUGGAUUCAGAUGCUCCACCCCGUCGACUGAAGCUGCGCUAUGGCAUGGAGACCACAGACCUCCUGCUCUGCAUUGGUAAUGACGGCGGAGGCAUUCGCUCACGUUAUGGAAGCUACACAGAGCGUAGCUUCUGUUAUGCUCCCAAAACAGGACGGACCCUUUUCAUCACCUCCCCAAGAUAUGGUGAUGCACUUGGAUAUGUCUUUGCUGGGGUGGUGACUGAGAGGAAUGACAUUAUUGUUGCAGGAGAGCUGGGAGCAAGAAAGAUGUCAAGACAGAAAGACAGAAAUGUCGAGAUUUUCAUGUACAACAAGGAAGCUCAAGGAUCCUGGAAACACUUGAGCUCAGCGGAGUAUCGUGAUUCUUAUGCAUUGGGCUCUUUGGGAGAAAACCUCUACCUGAUUGGAGGUCAAAUGAAGCUGAAGAACCAGUACCUCAUCACCAAUAGUGUUGAGCGCUGGUCUCUACAGGGUGGACCAUGGCGUAGCGCCGCUCCUCUACCCAUGCCACUGGCCUAUCACAGCGUAGUUCGGAUGAAGGGCCGCCUGUAUGUACUCGGGGGACGGACUCCACAGUCAUACCGCACAGAUGACGAGCCUGACCGUAUGAGUAAUCGCCUGCUUGAGUAUGACCCAGAAACCAACAAGUGGAGUGAACUUGGCCCUAUGAAAUAUUCAAAAUACCGUUGCAGUGCCGUCGCACUCAAUGGGGAAAUCUAUGUACUGGGUGGUAUUGGAUGUGAAGGUGUGGAUCGUGGCCAAUCACGUCACUGCCUUCAUGUAGUGGAGAUUUACAACCCUGAUGGGGAUUUCUGGAGGGAUGGUCCUCCUUUACCUUGGCCUCUCCUAUCACUUCGCAGCAAUGCAUCUAAUGCUGGUGUUGUUGAUGGAAAACUUUAUGUCUGUGGAUACUACAAAGGAGCAGAUCGUCAUGAUACCAUCACUAAAGACAUCCUGCAGUUGGAUCCCUGGGAAAAUGUAUGGACUGUGGUGGCAAAGCAGGCUCUGAUGCAUGACAGUUAUGACGUGUGCUUGGUGGCAAAUCUGAAUCCUCGUGGACUCAUGCCCCCUCCUGCUGACUUGGUAGAGGAAUGACAGCACUAUCUAUCCAACAGUGAUUUCUCAUUUUAAAUAAUAUGCAUUUUUUUUCAUUCACAAGACAACUUAAAACUGUAGCUAUAGGGAGAGGAAGGUUUUCAUAAAUAGUUAUGAAACAAACAAAUUUAAUUUACAAUGCUACAAGUGCAUUAGUGAUUAUGACUAUUAUAUGUUUUACAUUUUUGGAUUUCAGAUAAUAUUACCAAUAGCUGAGGUAUACAGUAUGAGUUAAAAUAUGUGUUGACAAAUUUGAGAUAUUCACAUCAUUUACAGCUCAGAUUAAGUAACACUCAAAGAAGCAAUGUUAAAAUAUGAUGUUACUUUAAUAGCAAAGUAAAUAUGUAUUGCAGAGUUACACAAUAUAGUACAUGUACUGUAACUUUAAGCAGUCAAUGCAAUUUAUUAAACAUGUUAAUUUGUAAAACUUAACAAUGGCUAAAUCUAUUUCAAGAUCUAACUUCAAACAAAGUUGAAUAUAUUUAAACUCUAUUUUAUACCUGUUGAUGUUACAUUAGGGUUGUCUAAAAUAUUUGUAAGACCUAAACAAAUUAUGCACAAAUCUUUUGAAAAUGACAUGCCAAAGUUACAGAAUUUGCUUAAAUGUUAUUGCUUUAAAGUCAUACGGCAUGAGAUAAACAGAACAAAAUUCUUUCAGAUGUAGCAAAGUCUGCCUAUUUGUUUUUAUUAUCCAUACUUCAAAAAGAAUAAACAAGGUAAAGCAACAGAAGAGGAACAUGUCUAUAGCAAGUAAAGUGGUUAGAGAACAAGGUUUGCAUGUUCACAGACUAUUUCAAGUUCUAACUUAUAUAACAAAAAUUUAACAUAGGAGAUCCUCUAUAUAAUUUCUCAAAUGUAACUGUAACCAGAAUACAGUAUGAAAGUAUUCUGCAUCUUAUUCUGAGUCAUUAGUGAAGUCAAAAAGCUGCCAGAGGCCACCUUCUCCUUCUAUGACACUAGUUUUCGGUUCAGGCACAUUUUCCCAUUCAGACAUCUUGUAUUCCACCAUCAUUUGGGAGCUGUCUGUGUCCUCAGACCACAAACUGAAGGGGUUUAUUGGUUGUUCAGCUACACACCUACUGACUGGCUUUACAGUGGCUUGCUGCUGUGGUUUUAAAUGAUUCUCUGUAACAGACUUGUUGGUCAAUUUCAAAUUGUCACCAAGAGAAGUCAAAGGUACUCUGUCUUUUUGUUCAUACUGAAGGUCUUCGUUCUGCUGGCUGUCUUUUGAGAAAUUUGCUCCUUUUUUUCUCACUGGCUGUCUUUGCGGGAGAACCAGGGCUCUCUUUUUCCCCCUAUAAUUCAGUGGUUUUUGGCGCCUCUUAGGUACUUUCAGUGGUGGCAUCGCAUCAGUGACAAAUUGGUUCUCUCUAACAUGCAGUGGUUUUACAGGCUUCAGAUCUACAUGCUGUCCCCAAUGGUCCUCUAUGAAUGCAGUGGUCUGAACAUCCACAUGUGGGCUUGAAGGUCUGGUCUCAACUAAUUGUGUGCCCCAUAAACUCUGCGAAGCAUCAGGGGAAACCUCCUCUAUAACUGUCUGCUGUGUUUCUUCAGGCAGAGCGUGUGCAUUUCUGUUUUGUGUCUUCUGUGUUGUGAGUGGACACUGGUUCUGCUCUGCUGAUUUUCUCGAAUAAAUGACAGGCCUGUUGCAUAUCA